UGUGUCUCCCUCACCGCACAAUGCCGGGCAGACCCUCAGCUUUAAGGGCUGUCGCCCUCUUAGCGGCGCUUUCUUCGGUGCUGCAACUGGUUCGGCCGCAGGGACGGGGUGAUGGAUGUGGUUAUACAAUGUUGGGUCCUGGGAGUGGAACGGUGACAUCAAAGAAUUAUCCAGGAACAUACCCAAAUCAUACUUGGUGUGAAUGGCAAAUCCAAAUGUCGCCUGGAAACAAUAUUCUCCUGAAAUUUGGGGACUUCGAUUUGCAGCAAUGUGCAUCCGAUUACCUCCGAAUUUUCAAGGGCAUAUCCCACUCAAUGACGGAAUAUGGAACCUACUGUGGAAACUUAAAUUCUGUCUCCAGGGAAAUCCACUUAGACAGCAAUGAAAUGACAAUUCAAUUUAAAAGUGGUUCCCAUAUAUCCGGGCGUGGCUUCUUGAUAUCAUACAGCACUAGCAACCAUCCAGACUUAAUUACAUGUUUGGAUAAAGGGAACCAUUAUGAUGAACCCCGUUAUAGCAAGUACUGCCCUGCUGGUUGCAAAACUGUAAUAGGAGAUGUCUCUGGCGAUGCUGCCAAAGGGUAUAGGCAUACGUCUCUCCUUUGCAAAGCUGCCAUUCAUGCUGGUGUAAUAUUGGAUACAUUGGGAGGACAGAUAGAUGUUGUACAGCAUAAAGGUCUGAGUCGAUAUGAAGGUAUCUUGGCAAAUGGAGUUUUAUCUAAAGAUGGGUCCUUGUCAGAAAAGCGAUUUGUGUUUGACAGCAGUGAUUGUAAUCAACCACUGAGAAUGGAACCGGGCAUCAUUUCAGAUAGCCAGGUAUGGACAGAUCCAAGUGGUCACGUUAUCAACUGGUUUCCAAACGGAACACGGCUUAAUGUUCAAGGACCUGCAAGGACCACUCAUCAAAGUGAUGGUCAGCAAUGGCUGGAAGUAGAUUUAGGAGAGAGGAAAUAUAUCACAGGAAUUGUAACCACUGGAUCCACACAUCCAAAUUUUCCCUUCUAUUUGGAGAGCUAUAAAGUGGCUUUCAGCAAAGAUCGUAAAAAGUGGAAAACUUAUAAAGAAAGUCACAGUGGUGUUGAAAAGGUGUUUGACGGUAAUACAAAUUACCGCCAAUUAACACGCAACAACUUCAUUCCUGCCACAGUCGGCCGUUACAUGCGUGUAAUUCCACAAAGAUGGAAAAGGAGAAUAGCCGUUAAAAUGGAGCUAAUCGGAUGCCAGCAAGUGCGGUCAAUUACAAGCUACAAACCCCGCCCUACUCCACGUGCAGAUAUACUGGAAAAAUAUAGUGUGAACAACACCGACCCUAUAGUUACAAAAGAUAAUAACCUGGGGCGAAAGCUUGCAGCCACAAUGAGUCCAAUUAUAAUUUUUGUAAUCCUACUGAUAUUGGGCAUCUGCAUUUUCAGGAAUUUAACAAACAAGAAGACUGAAGAAUCAUUUGGCACUUCCAGUCCUCCAAAAUCAGGAUGCUGGAAACAGUUCAAAUCAUGCUUCGUAAGACCUCAGUUAACUGAAUUUACUGUCAGUUACAGCCAUGAAAAAGAGGCUUUGCAGAAGCUUGAUGUUGUCCGGAGUGAUUUAUCAGAUUAUGAGCAACAUUUAAUGGUUGGGGCAGGAACUGUGGCACGAAAGGGCUCUACCUUUAAGCCAAUAGAUGCAGAAGGUGAUGAAGGAAUAGGUCAAACAGAAUCUAUGAACCAUUAUGUCAUCCCUCUUGUUCCGAAUCGGCAUGAAUAUGCAGAGCCUUUGACAAAUCAAGAACCAGAAUAUGCAACCCCAAUUGUUGAAACCGUGCGGCACCUCAGUCAUUCACUAAGUCAUUCACUCAGUGCCUGCACCUCAGAAACUCCCUAUAAUGUACCAGUGACCACUUUGACAAAGAAGUCUUCAUUUUCUCAACUGACUAAUUCCACCAUUGAAUCAAACAUUCCAAACUGUAAUGGACUACAUCCAAAGAGUGUGGUAUAUCAAAUCCCACAAGGUAUUACUGACUGUUCAAAGAAUGAGAAGGCAGAAUAUGAUCGGCCAACAUGUAACAGCACCUUUACUGCUGGAGAAGUUGUUGGAACUACUAAAACACAGAGCUAAGCUUCUUGCCAUAGUGGAUGAAAAAAAACUAUAUCCAAAAUCUACCUGAAGCUGGUCAAUUACAGUGAAUUCAACAAGUCUUCGUUCAUCAUCAUGGAUUGAGAAUAAAUUGCAAGAAUAAUACCGAGACAUUGUCUGUGGGAGUUGCGUGCCAGAGUUGAUAUCAGUUACACUGUGCAGUCUUGUGUGAGACUAAAAUUUCUAUUAGAGCACUAAAUAAACUCAUGCACAGCUUUAGACUGAUAAACUGGAAGAAUGUUUUCAAGGUGAAGAAAAGUCUUAAGAAAAUGUGCAUAUUUAUGUUUCUUUAAGUGGUAUAACUAGGCUGUUCAAUACACUGGAUGUGCAAUUUGAUAUGUAAAAUGUUCUUAUGAAUCCUUGCGUGCUUUUGCUUAUUUUCAGCAGUUGAGCUCAACACAGAUUUAAAUAUGUAUUGUUGAUCUUAUCCUCAAAGCAUUGAAAGAAUGUUAACUUUGACAGGAAUUGAAAUAAGCCAUGUUCUUAUUUUUAACAAUUUCCUUUGCUACUAAGCUGCAACAAAUAUUCUAUGAAAAAUGUCACUUUUUAUGUACCAUCUUUCUCAGUAAUAUUAAGACCUUGCAUUUGCUUACAUUCAAUGAUAUUCAUCUUUGGAAACUGGAAAUGAGAAUUUUAGAGCCUUGCUUGGUCUUUACAAUGUGCGCACUGAUGUGGUUGCUGUUAUUGUUGCUCACCUGAUGACUCCUGUUCAUUAGUGUUUUUUAUAUAGUAUAUAAAGCUGUUUACCUUGUUCUGCUUCAUGCAGUGAUGCUGAUGAAAAGACUCUGGUCAAAUACCAAACAACCACUGUAUUUAUAUAAAGUAUUCUUAAUUAUUUGUAGGCAGAAUCCAUUUCUGGCAUUUAAGAGUAGCUAAAUAAAAUGAUGGACUAAAUGGAAUUCAUGUACUUAUUCCAUCAUUUUGAGGUCAUACAAUAUUCAAGUCACUAUUAUUUGGACUUGGAUUUUCUGUAAUACUGUCAUGCUAAUUGUGCUGAAAAUGAGGUUAUAAUAAAAGUAUUCUGGUAUUUGAUUAUAUGAUCUUUGUUUAAAAAAAAAGUUUAGUAAUAACUGCAAACUAAAAUGGAUUUGACACCUUUCCUUGAAGUAAUUUCCAGUACAGCCUAAAAAGCAAGGGGACUGUAGGGGGAAAUAUGGUAUGUAAUAUGGUAAAUUAUCACAAUCUGUUCUGAAUCUCCCCACAAACCUCUGCACCCCCCCCCCCCCCA